AGGGAAGCCCCGCCCAGCCGCCACCUGCGACAGGUGGAGCGCUCGGCACCCGGCGCUCGGCCAUGUCCGCGGAGGGCGCUGGGCAGGGGCCGGGGCCGGGGCCGGAGCCGGGGUCCGAGCCAGGGCCGCUCUGCCCCGAACACGGCCAGGCUCUCAACUGGUUCUGCUGUUCCGAGCGACGGCUCGUGUGCGCCGCCUGCACGGGGCUGGGCGGCCGCUGCCGGGGGCACCGCAUCCGCCGGGCCGAGAAGCGCGCGGAAGAGCUGCGGAACAAGAUUGUGGACCAGUGUGAGAGGCUGCAGUUACAGAGUGCUACCAUCACCAAAUAUGUGGCUGACGUCCUGCCAGGGAAGAACCAGAGAGCAGUGGACCCAACUCCUUGUUUAAUUCCGGGUCAGAGCACGGCCAGCGCAGCUCGGGAACUGGUCAUCCAGCGGCUGGGUCUGGUGAGGAGUUUGUGCGAGAGCGAGGAGCAGAGGUUGCUGGAACAGGUGCAUGGCGAAGAGGAGCGGGCCCACCAGAGUAUCCUGACGCAGCGAGUACACUGGGCUGAGGCGCUGAAGAAGCUGGACACCAUCCGCGGCAGCCUGGUGGACAUGCUCACUCAUCUGGAUGACCUCCAGUUGAUUAAGGAGCAGGAGAUUUUUGAGAGGACCGAGGAAGCAGAGGGCAUUUUGGAUCCCAAGGAGUCGGAAAAGUUAAACUUUAAUGAGAAGUGCACUCGGAGUCCAUUACUGACCCAACUCUGGGCAACAGCCAUUCUCGGAUCCCUCUCAGGCACAGAGGACGUGCGUAUGGAUGAGAGGACGGUCAGCCCAUUCUUGCAACUGUCAGAUGAUCGGAGGACCCUGACCUUCAAUGCCAAGAAGUCCAAGGCCUGUGCAGAUGGCCCAGAGCGCUUUGACCACUGGCCCAAUGCCCUGGCCGACAUGUCUUUCCAGGCUGGGCUGCACGCCUGGACGGUAAACGUCCAGAACAGUUGUGCGUACAAGGUGGGUGUGGCCUUAGGCCAGCUGCCCCGCAAGGGUUCUGGCAGUGACUCUCGUCUGGGCUGCAAUGCCUUCUCCUGGGUCUUCUCCCGCUACGGCCAGGAGUUCUGUUUCUCACACGACGGGCAGCACGAGCCCCUGGCGCUGCUGCGUUGCCCAGCUCAGCUGGGGGUGCUGCUGGACUUGCAGGCACAGGAGCUACUGUUCUAUGAGCCUGCCUCGGGGACUGUGCUCCACAUCCACCAUGCGUCUUUCCCUGGGCCUCUCUUCCCGGUCUUUGCUGUGGCUGACCAGACCAUUUCCAUUGUCCACUGACCUGCAGCUACUGGGAGGCCAGGUGUCCCUCCCCACCACCCUUUCAGGCCACGUUUCUACCCAGUGUCUUCUUCCCAAAUGCUGCCCGUGCCGCAUGAGCAGCUUUAGUGGGGAAUAUGGGUCCAAUCAUUAAAUGCUGGUUAUCUGGGGGAA